GGAAAUAGCAAAAACGGGAAAAGGGGUCCGUAUUUUCCCCACUCUUGGAAUCCAUACAUCUCUGAUUUCACUAAACAAUCUCAGCUCCCAAUCGUAAUUACCCUCGCUCUAAACUGUAAUUUUCAAGUUGAUUACAUAGGAUAUACUUAUUAGAUCUGUAAUCGAAAGGAUCGAUAAAGAUCAUUGGUGAGGAUGGCUUGUCGAGGAUGCUUAGAGUGCUUGUUGAAGCUCUUGAACUUCUUGAUGACUGUUGUUGGUUUGGCCAUGGUUGGAUACGGGAUCUAUUUGUUUGUUGAGUACAAAAAUGCUAACGAUACUGCCGAUCUAUUGUCACCUGUGGGCAAUAAUCAAGAUUUGAUACAGUUUGGUAGGCCCAUGCUCAUGGCUGUGUCUCUUUCGUCUGAUAUUUUCGAUAACCUGCCAAAGGCAUGGUUUAUAUACUUAUUUGUUGGAGUAGGUGUGGUUCUCUUUGUUAUUUCUUGUUUUGGUUGUAUCGGAGCUGCAACACGGAAUAUAUGCUGCUUGACUUGUUAUUCUGUUUUGGUGAUCUUCUUAAUCUUGGUGGAGCUAGGAUGUGCAUCUUUCAUAUUCUUCGACAAACACUGGAAAGAAGAACUUCCUACGGAUAAAACUGGAGAUUUUGAUAUGAUAUACAGAUUUCUGGAAGAAAACUGGACUAUUCUCAAGUGGGUUGCUCUUGGAAUUGUUAUCUUACAGGCACUCAAUUUCUUGUUAGUCCUUAUGGUUAGGGCUGCCAACAGACCUGCUUAUUACGACAGUGAUGAUGAGUUUAUUGCACCAAGGCCACAAAUCAGACAGCCUUUGAUCAAUAGGCCACCAGCACCAGCUGCAGGUGUACCUGUUCCCACCCUUGAACAACGGCCCAGCAGAAAUGAUGCUUGGAGUACACGAAUGAGGGAAAAGUACGGGCUGGAUACAUCGGAGUUCACCUACAACCCUUCUGAGUCGAAUAGGUAUCAGCCAGUGGGACAACCAGCAGAAGAAAGGAGUCGGUGCACCAUUAUGUGAUGACAUAUUUUGGGUUUUGUGGAAAUCUUAUUUGGUUAGCACCGGAGAAGAUUGCAUUGUCAAUGGAGUGACAACUCUAUAUAUAUAAGAUGACAGUUCCAUUUCCAUUUUAUCGAGUUUGUGUACAAUACCCAGUUGUGAGGGGCUUGUGCUGUAGAGAACAAAUUACAAACGACUUCCAAAUGCAUAACUGUUGUGUGUAAAAUUUCAGUCGUCCUCUCUUUUUGUUUGCUCACAAUUAGUUUUUUGUGUAAAUUACAUAUUUAGUCAUUCAUCUA